GACCUGGUCAUUAGAGACCUGAGGAUGGAAGAUGCAGGAACUUACAAAGCAGACAUCAAUGAAAAGAGCCGUGUGAAAACCAUCAGCAAGAUCUACCACCUUCAUAUCUACCGUCGGCUUAAAAAACCAAAAAUUACACAGAGUUUGUUGCCAUCUUUUAACAAUACCUGUAAUGUCACACUGACAUGCUCUGUGGAGAAAGAAGAAAAGAAUGUGAUAUACAGUUGGAGUCCCUCUGGAGAAAAAAGCAAUGUCCUUCAUAUCUUCCAAUCCCCCAUGGACCAAAAACUGACUUACACGUGUACAGCCUGGAACCCUGUUAGCAACAAUUCUGACUCUGUCACCAUCCAGCAGCCAUGUACAGACCCUCCAAGCUUCCAUCCUCACCAUGCUGUGUUGCCAGGGAGACUGGCCGUGCUCUUUCUGUAUAUUCUCAUUCUGGUGUUGGCACUUCUGUACCAUUUGUGCAAGCGAAGGAGAGACAGGAUUAUUCUGGAAGCAGAUGAUGUCUCAAAGAAAACAGUAUAUGCUGAACUUUUUAGAGAUGAUCGCCUCACAGAGUCCAGAAUCUAUGCUGAACUCACUCAGGCCAAGGGUAAGAAGUACCUUGGGACUCCCAAAUGAGGUUUCUGAGCAGAAGUGAAGGACUCAUCAAAAGAAAUGGCCUUUGUACCUUGACCUAGGGGAGCGAGGAGG